GACUCUUCUUGGCCCGACUUUUAGGCAAUCCCGACGUGUUGUGUCUACAGCGAUAUACGGCAACAAGGAACGGUAUACCAAGCAGUACUCUUUCCUGGAGGUCCCCGUUGUGUCGACAGGGACAUAUGGAUACAGAAUACUAGCAGUACUCUUUCCUGGACGUUCCCGUUGUGUCGACAGGGACAUACAGGUAAUUCCUACAGUGUUGAGCGUAACUAGGAGCAACGUGCAUCAUGAGUACUGUGACGAAACAAAGGUGUCCUGAUUGUGGUCGGACUUUCAAAAACUUAUCAAAUCACAAAAUAUGUCAUAGUCGAGGUUCAGCAAAACAUGCAGACAAACCUUCUAUGGUUCAGAAGCAAGUGUGCCCUGACUGUGGCCGAGAUUUUGUGAACCUCGCAAAUCACAAAAUAUGUCAUGCAAGAGGGACCAGACACAGGCAGACGUCUGAUCCACCGCAGUCGUCUUCAAGGGCACCCGUGCAGCCACGGACCAACGUUGACUAUCGUCAGAGGAACGCAAAUCCCACGCCCAAUCAACCUCAUUACACACGAUAUGGCACAACUGAUUACGUGGAUACACCACCAACUACGCCACCCAUGCGAGGGAAUGUAAAUGACCCACGACAUGAUCAAAGUGAUUACUUGGAUACGCCACCCCCAACGCCCUCUUCCCCCCAGAGAGAGCGAGUGACACCAUCCUCAGUCACUCAUUACCCACGAUAUGGUACAACUGAUUACGUGGAUACACCACCAACUACGCCACCCAUGCGAGGGAUUGUCAAUGACCCACGACAUGAUCAAAGUGAUUACUUGGAUACGCCACCCCCAACGCCCUCUUCCCCCCAGAGAGAGCGAGUGACACCAUCCUCAGUCCCUCAUUACCCACGAUAUGAUACAACUGAUUACGUGGAUACACCACCAACUACGCCCCCCAUGCGAGUGAAUGUAAAUGACCCACGACAUGAUCAAAGUAAUUACUUGGAUACGCCACCCCCAACGCCCUCUUCCCCCCAGAGAGAGCGACAGACACCAUCCUCAGUCACCCUUCUCUACCCGUCCAUUCAGACGGUGCCCCAGGGCCGCGGGAAUAUUCAUCACCAACCACACCCUACUCAGCCACAGAGUCGAAGUCAUUAUCCAGAUGAUACGUCUCCUCCACAACCACAACUCCCCAGUAGACAACGGAGUCAUCAGCAACGUCACCAUCACGACCUUGAAUCCCUGCUGUAUGGUCGUAUAUCGGACGCGUCUCAAAGGCAACAUUACAGAAGAGGUCACAACGAUUACAAUAGUGGUCUCAGUGAUGAGGAUGCCCUGUCUGUUGCUAUUGCUGCAAGUCGGGACCAACAGGAGGCUGAUCUGGGAUGGACCUUCAGAGAUGAAUCUGACACAAAUGCGGCAUCUACUGGUUCACCACGCAACAUUGUCCGGGAGCAUCGGAGUGGAUGUAUGGAGUUUGGAGCUUGCCAAAUUUCGGUCAACAGGGACGCCGUCUGGCGCAGCAGCAUGGCCUUCUUCAAGGAUGUUGCAGUAUCGAACAAGGCUAAACAGUUGAUGGUGGUUUUCAUUGAUUCCGAGGACAGGCAUGAGGAAGGCGUCGACACCGGGGGACCAAGGCGAGAGUAUCUACGGCUGCUGUUGCAGUCCAUCGUCUCCGACAGCAAGAUGCUGCACGGGGACAAAAACCAAGGAUUUCUGAUUCGACCCAACAUAUUUGCAUAUUCGAAGAAUCACUUCCGGGUCAUGGGUGUCAUGCUGGCCACUAUAAUUGCUCAAGGCGGACAAUCCCCCGCCAUAUUUGCCCCUCCCGUUGUUGAUGCAAUAUUGGAUAUCGAUCAGUCACUAUCUGUGGAUUAUGUGCCGAACAGAUGUACGAGAGACUCUUUGACAAAGGUGUCGGAGGCUCGAGACGCGACGGAGCUGGAGGAAGCGCUGCAGGAGUGUGACUGGAGAGACGACCUAGAUGGCAUCCCCUCUUAUGUCACUAUGGCCAAUAGGGAUGAGUUUCUUAAUGGAUGUGUCCACCACUUUGUCAUACUACAGAGCAAACCAAUGGUAGACCAGCUUAUUCAAGGCCUGCGUCACUGCGGGAUAUUAGACCUCAUUAGAAGACACACGUUGCGAGAUUUGCUGGAGUAUAGAUCGGACGUUGAAGUCACUUCAGAAAGGGUGAUGGAUCUGUUGAAACCAGUCCCCAGUUACCAUGGAGACGAACAGGCCAUCUUUAACAACCUGCACCGAUUCCUGCAGGCAGCUGAAGAGGGCCGCUUGUGUGACGUCCUCCGGGAGGGCCGAUGUUUGACCCGCAACCAGACCGAGUUCGCACGGAGGAUGACUCCAGGUAGACUGCUGACGUUUGUGACCGGAUGUAGUAGAGAGCCAGCUGGCGGGUUCACGCCCCGACCCAGCAUUGUGUUUAACUACAGUGACACCUGGCGGCUGCCAUCAGCCUCCACGUGCAGUAACCAGAUCCAGCUCACAGUGCACCCCAACUUGCUGGAGUUCCAAAGCUUUUGUCAUGCGAUGAUGACGUCAAUGAUGAAUGGAGAGACCUUUAGCACUGCCUGAGUUACGUGUAGUCAUCAUGUAUCUUCUAAUGGAAGAUAAGAGGAUAACAAGAAGUAACUCAUGUGAUAGAUUCCGGAUUCAGCAGAAGUAUAGAGUAUCCUCAACUUUGUGCUCCACUAUCAAACACGACACACCUAAGAUUUCACUCCUUGUACCAUGGACCUUUUUCACUCAACGUGGUGACCAUGGAUAUAGUUACAUCUCUGUCGUCUCUGUUCGGGACCUCUUGUCAAAACUGAAAGCGAAUGGCAGCAGAAACAAAUAUGUGAACUUCCUCAUUGAUAACAUCUAUGUAAAGUUUGGGGAUAAAACAUUUAGGUCUGAGUUAGGCUUCCCCAUGGACAGUAAUCUCCCCACCGCAUGCUGAUCUGUUUCUUUAUGCAUACAAACCGGAAGUUUCUUUUACGAACCGGAAGUUCUCCUCGUAUUGGCGUAAUGAAAACAAGUGAAUUUAGUCAAGAAGUUAAACUUAAACUUCAGGAUAUCGAUGAUCUGAUAUCGUUCAAUAAUGGUCAAAUAGCAAAUUCCCAUCCACUGAUUUACCCACUAGAAAUAAGGGAGUCCAGUGAGACCGCACUGUAUCUUAUUUAGCAUAACGAUUCAGAGUGAAAUCUUUCCCCAAGACUGUAUGACAAGAAAGAUGACUUCAGUUUUCCAAUAGUCAACAAUGUCGAGCAACACUCCAGCAGCACAGGUCUUUGGUGUCUACUUAACGCAACUAUUGAGAUACAGUCGAACAUGUUCCUUCUACCAAAAAUGUAAAUAGCACCAUACGACUCUUUCUCGACAGAAAGGUUUCAACAUUUAAUGCUUUUGUAAAGUUGUCAGACCGUUUUAUGAGAGACAUGUGGAGGACAUUUCCAAAUUUGACGCUUGAGAAUGCUUGAUGCGGUUCCUUGCUUUGACUUGUACCAUAUGUUCCCGUGGGUUUUUUCCCGGUGCCUUUGUACAGGGGAUGCCACCUGUGUGACCCGAUGCCUGGUUUCAUCCCUAUUUAUAAGUGAUGCAUGAAUCAUGCUUACGCUGUAGUCGGAAUCGUACAUUGGAUUCUGCUUUUCGCAGAGAUGUCUCAUAAUUAUGUAAAGUUUUUUUCUCACUCUAUAUAUUUUAUAUUCAAACUUUAACAUAUUAACCCGACAUCACAUUGUUUCGUCAAUCGAGGAUUGCAAUCUCAAAAUUUUAAUUUUGUUUUAUUUAAUUGAGCUAUUGGAUGGUUUCGCUUACAUUACAUUAAAUCCUUAAAUCUGUAUUUGCACUUUUGAGAUUUUAUGUUUUCUUUUUCAAUUUCUUUACUGCUGGUGACCCUAUAGCCAGCACCUAUUAUAAGUAACCUGAAAUAGAAGAUUGCAGUCAGAAUAUGUUUAAUUACUUUCUUAACUUAUUUGCAUGGUUUAUCUUAACAGCCUUCUGAUCUGAAGCAAACGCGAAUAAACAGU